UUAAAGCACUUUAAUGUGUCUACAAAAGAGUGUACUAUUAGCGCCUACUAUCUGCUUAUUAUUAAUAGCUAUAAGAGCUACAACUCUGCAGAGUUUAAGGAAUACUGCGCAGAAUACAAGAUUAUUACCUUGUGUAUGCCCCUACACUUAUUGCACCUAUUGCAGCUGCUUAACGUAGCCUGUUUUAGCCCCUUAAAGAGGGCGUACUUAAUUAAGACAGCCUAUUACAAGGCUAUUAUAAAAGACAAUAUCUACAGAGGCUUUAGAGGCGCAGGACUAGUUCCUUUUAACCUAGAGUAAGUGCUAUUAAAGCUUGAUGUGGUCCUUCGCACGCCAACACCACCACUACUAGAGACUACCCUAUAGGAAUCUAAAACACUAACCAGCGCAAAGGAGGUUAAGUCACAAACGUUGUAUAUCUAUGAGCGCAUGCGAUUGCACAGAGAUUCGCCCCUGUCUCCUAUUAUAAAAUCACUUGACUUGCUUGCUAGAGGGGUUGCGCAGAUAGACUAUGCCAACGUGUUGUAGAGAAG